AUGCGCACUUUCUCCAAGAUUUUGGCAAUUGCCAGUUUGGCUGCCAUUGCCAACUCUGCGGCUGUAAAGAGGGAUAAUGAUGUCCUUGAAGUCACUUUGGUUGCUGGUGAUAAUGCUUUAGUUCAUGCUUCUGUCAAGAAUGUUGGAACUGAAGACUUGAACCUUUUGAGUUAUGGAACUCUCUUCGAUAAUGCUCCAGUUCAAAAAGUCAACGUUUAUGAAGGCGAAACUGCCGUUCCAUUCAAAGGAGUUCUUCGUUCCAUCCAACGUACAGACUUGGCUCCAGAGGUUUUCCACACUCUUGCAGCAGGUGAAACCUUUGAGACUACAUUCAACGCAGCUGAAGUUCACGAUCUUUCUACCUCAACCUACACUUUUGUAGCUGAAGGCGCUAUUCCAUUCGCCAAAGCUGGAUCCACCGAAAUCAGUGAUUCCAUUAUCUUCAAGUCCAAUGCUAUCACUGUUUCCGUCGAUGGUGAAGCCGCUAAAUCCGUCGCAAAGGCUAUCCCAACCUCCAUCGACCGUAGAACUGUCCUUCAAUCCGGUUGUUCCACAACUCAAAGAUCUCAAACCACUCAAGCACUUUCCUACUGUGCUUCUCUCGCAAGAGCUGCUUCUACUGCCGCAUCUUCAGGUUCCUCUACCAAGUUCAGCGAAUACUUCAAGACAACCUCAGCCAGUACUCGUUCCGUCGUAGCUGCUCGUCUUAGUGCCGUUGCUUCUCAAUGUAGUUCCAUCACCUCUGGUGCUACAAAAUACUACUGCACUGAUGUUUACGGAUACUGUGAAUCCAACGUUCUCGCCUACACUAUCCCAUCCACCAACGAAAUUGUCAACUGCCCUAUCUAUUACUCUGCUCUUCCCGCACUCUCAGGAACUUGCCACGCACAAGAUAGAGCUACAACCACUUUACAUGAGUUCACUCACGCACCUGCUACUUACAGUCCAGGAACUGCUGAUAACGGUUAUGGAUAUGCAGCUGCUACUGCUUUGACUAGUGCAAGAGCUGUCUUGAACGCUGAUAGUUACGCUCUUUACGCUAACGCUAUCUACGUCGGAUGUUAA